AUGAACCAAUCCUCGGCCGAGGCGGUGGAGGGCGUUGCACAGCUCGACGCGGUUGUUGACUUGUACUUCAAUGAAGAUCGCUACCGGCCGAAGAAAGUCGCCAUAUCCAAGCCACCCGGGAUCGAAUGCAUCCUGCGCAAAAAACCGGUGAUCUUUGCAAAACUUGCCCGUCUGCCGAUCCACCGUAUAUUCUCAUCCUCCCCUUCCUCCUCGAUAAUGUCAAUCUCUGGCGAGGCUAUGCAUGGACCCUGGACUGUUUACGGCCAAGACUGGCGGUCGUCCCGAUUCCGUGUCGGGCAUCAGGUGAGGGCAUCCAGAGACUCGGCGGGUCUAAAAGCAGAUGUACAUUUGUUAAGCUCGCGCGCCGGACUUGGUCCAUCCGGUUCCACCUCUAACUGGUCCUCCGAAGCCGACCCGCUCGGUCUAGCCUGUCGCUAG